AUUCUUCUCUUUCCCCAUUGGACUUCCAAGAAAGGACAGCAGUUUCUGUGCUCCUCCAGCUUUCAUUUUUGUCAGUAGGAAGGACAAAGAACAAAAGAAGGGACAAUGUGUGGGUUUCAGGCAAACACACCUCCCUUUCACUCUCAAGAGCUGCUUUCUUUUUAUUGAAAAAUGGCAUUUUUGUGGUGGCAUUCCUUUCUCAGCUGCAAUGGUUUUUGACUCUCCUCUAUAACUGUAACAAGGUCAGAACUAGGUAGACUCAUUCCUACUUUCACCCAUAAACAUGAAAACAGGACCAAAGAAUGGAUGGCACUCUGUCAUGCCUCUUUGUUUCCGAGGAAAGUCAGCAACCAGCUUUUGCAUUUUCCCCAAAGUUAAGUCUGCAGGCUAUGGCCCAGGAAACUCACCUGUCUAUCUGAACGUAUAUGACUUGACAACCAUUAAUGGCUAUGUAUACUGGGCAGGCUUUGGAAUCUUUCACUCUGGGGUAGAAGUCCAUGGUGUUGAAUAUGCCUUUGGAGCUCAUGACUAUCCAUCAAGUGGUGUUUUUGAGGUUGAACCUCGACAAUGUCCUGGUUUCAAGUUUAGGAAAUCAAUAUUGAUGGGGACAACAUGCUUAGAUCCUUUCCAGAUUAGAGAGUUCAUGGAACGCCAAUCUGCAAGCUACAUUGGUGAUACAUAUCAUUUGAUUGUAAAGAACUGCAACCAUUUCUCCGAGGAUAUAUGCUACAAGCUGACUGGGAACUCAAUACCAAAAUGGGUAAAUCGACUUGCGAGAAUAGGUUCACUAUGCAAUUGCAUACUUCCGGAAGCCCUCAAGGCUACGACUGUACGACACGAUUCUGAUUUCCGAGAAUGUGAUAAUGAAAAGAAGAGACUAACAAGUAGUUUCAGCUGCUGGUCAUCAAUCUCAAUGCCUCAAAGGGAAGUAUCUUUGUCUUCAUUGUUUCUUCACUCUCACUAUAAAGGCUGCCUACCACCAUGGGAGCUGAAGAGGUCUAGAAAAGGUUCACUCAAAGAAGGGUAAAAUGGCAAUAUCUGCAUACCCUGUCACUAAAUUGUAAGAUUUUCAGUAAUUGGGAGAUAUCAACAUUCAACAGCUUUCCCAUCUGUACAAGUUUAUUGCUUUAAAUUCCGAAAAACGAGCUUCACACUUCUCACUGUGUUUUCAGAAGCUGCAUUUUGGCGUUUGCUUUGCUGUGUUUAUGAGAUUGUAUUCUGAUCUUGUGCAUUAUUAAUGUUUACAUAGCUGGAGAGAAACCAUGUAGAUUAUUAUGUUGCUCUGUUUUAAUUUUUAAGUCCCCUAAUGUCUUAACAUUCUUGUCCUCUUGCUACAUUUGGUUAGAAAUUGCCUUGAUUUUCA